UCUUUUGGCCCUGAAUGACCGACGCUACUGACGCAAUUUUGUCAUCAUGUGUCAACGUUGACAUUUAAUAUUUCCACAUAACCUUACUUUCACGUUUGGCAAAUGUGCUUGUAGAAUUAAUUAUUUUUUCAUUACACGAUGGGGAAGAAACGAAACGAAUUUUCCCAUAUUACUGUUGAAGAGAAAAAAGUAAUAACAGUGGCUGAAAUUGUGCAAUUGCUCAUAAAAGCCCAAGAUGAAAAACGCGACGUUAAUCUUAACGCUCUCAAGGCGCGAAUUUCGGCAAAAUAUGGGCUUGGGACUUCGCCCCGUCUUGUUGACAUUAUAGCCGCAGUUCCGAUGAACUAUCGCAAGACUUUAGUACCGAAACUAUUAGCUAAACCGAUCAGGACUGCCAGUGGGAUUGCAGUUGUGGCAGUGAUGUGUAAGCCGCACAGAUGCCCCCAUAUUAACAUGACUGGCAAUAUUUGUGUAUAUUGUCCCGGUGGUCCCGAUUCUGAUUUCGAAUAUUCGACUCAGAGUUACACAGGCUAUGAACCAACGUCAAUGAGGGCCAUAAGGGCCAGAUAUGAUCCCUAUUUACAAACUAGACACAGAGUCGAGCAAUUGAAACAAUUAGGACAUUCUGUAGAUAAAGUUGAAUUUAUUGUGAUGGGGGGCACGUUUAUGAGCCUUCCGGAGGACUACAGGGAUUAUUUCAUUAGAAAUUUGCACGAUGCUUUAUCUGGACAUAAAAGUAGUUCAGUUGAGGAAGCUGUCAAGUAUUCUGAAAGAUCCAACACUAAGUGUAUUGGAAUUACGAUUGAGACAAGGCCGGAUUAUUGCUUGCAAAAGCAUUUGUCUGAUAUGUUGAAAUAUGGGUGUACAAGGCUUGAAAUAGGUGUCCAGUCGGUUUAUGAAGACGUGGCCAGGGAUACCAACCGUGGUCACACUGUUAAAGCAGUUUGUGAAACAUUUAAUUUAGCUAAGGAUGCAGGCUAUAAAGUGGUAUCACAUAUGAUGCCUGAUUUGCCAAAUGUUGAUCUAGAGCGUGACAUUGAGCAGUUUAUUGAGUUUUUCGAAAAUCCGAAUUUUAGAGCUGACGGUUUGAAAAUUUAUCCUACUUUGGUAAUUCGAGGGACUGGUCUCUACGAAUUGUGGAAAACCGGACGUUAUAAGAGUUAUCCUCCUUCGAUUCUUGUUGAUUUGAUUGCAAAUAUUUUGGCUUUGGUGCCGCCUUGGACCAGGGUGUAUAGAGUGCAACGCGAUAUACCCAUGCCUCUUGUUAGUUCAGGGGUCGAGCAUGGAAACCUCCGCGAAUUAGCCCUCCAAAGAAUGAAAGAUCUAGGUCUGAGAUGUCGUGACGUGCGAACUCGCGAAGUCGGAAUAACAGAAAUCCAUGAAAAAGUGCGCCCCAACGAUGUUGAAUUAAUUAGAAGAGAUUAUUACGCAAAUGGAGGUUGGGAGACGUUCUUAAGUUACGAAGAUCCCGAACAAGACAUUCUAAUCGGCCUCUUACGUUUGCGUAAAUGCUCCAAAGCAACGACUUAUCGUCCCGAACUUUUGGGUGAAUGUUCAAUAGUUCGUGAACUUCACGUUUAUGGAAGUGUGGUUCCUGUGAGUGGUCGUAACAUUAAGAAAUUCCAACAUCAAGGUUAUGGCACUCUCCUAAUGCAAAAAGCCGAAGAUAUUGCAAUAAAAGAGCACAAAUCUGUUAAAAUUGCGGUUAUUUCUGGAGUCGGGACUAGGAAUUAUUACAGAAAAUUGGGGUACGAGCUUGAGGGGCCUUACAUGGUCAAGUCACUAAAGCCAGAAUUUUACAAAAGUGUCUUCAGUUGUGUUGAUGGUGAGCCAUUGCAUAAAACUACAGAGUAUUAUGAACGAAAAAAGUGGACGCUUGAUGAUAGUGAAUGGUUGGAGCAGUUUGAUAAAUAAAUAAAAUAAACGAAGUGUUACAAAAGA